AUGGCAGCUUUCGUUUCGCCAGAGAGGAACCUUAGCCAGCCCGGCUUUUUUGGUCCGGUCACCUCGACCUUGGACUGGUGUGAGGCCAACUAUCAGUUUUCGUACUACAUCGCAGAGUUGGCAAACUCUGUUUCGAGUCUAUGGCAUGUAGUGUUUGCGGCAUACAUGACAUUGAAUGCGCGCGAAUCGCUUCCUAGAGUUUUCCGCCUAUCCUUGAUUGGAUUCGCUCUGGUUGGACUUGGAAGUUUUACUUUUCAUGCUACACUGCUCUAUGAAUCCCAAAUGUCUGACGAAAUACCCAUGAUUAUCGUCGUUUCCACGUGUAUAUGGGUCACUUACGACUGUCCUUCUGGCUCUAAAGGAAUGCGGACUGGUCCGUCGGUUUUGUUAUUGUUUAAUGUAUUGUUUGCGUGGAGCUAUUAUCUGUAUCGAAACCCGGUGUACCAUCAGACCGUCUUUGCAUCCCUCGUGCUGUUCCUCACCUACCGAAUGGUUUAUUUGACUCAGUGGUCACCAUACAGUUCCCGUAUUCCUUCUGACAAGUUCGUCGAUACUCGUCGGUUUUACGUUCAGAGUGCUGUGAUCUGGGCGCUCGCGUUUUUGAUAUGGAAUCUCGACAAUGUCUUUUGUGAUAGAAUUACGGGCUGGAAGAUUGCUUUAGGUUGGCCUAUCGCAUUCUUGUUGGAAGGUCAUUCUUGGUGGCAUUUUUUGACAGGCUUGGGGACCUACUAUCUGUUGGUUGCCCUUCAAUGUGAAAUUCUAUGCAUCCAGGAUGACCAUCGUAAUUUUGCGGUAAGGAGUCGUAACGGCCUUCCCUUCGUCAAACGUGUAGGAAGAUCCAAACCGUGA